GUAAUGUCAAUCUCACAUAGCAAAACACAGCUUUAAACACAACACUGAAAAUAACGCAUCGGCACUCAAGCCCUAAUUCUCUCUCGCUCUCUGAAGGUCAAAAAUGACAGAGCCAUCAAAGGUCAUUCAUGUUCGCAACGUGGGCCAUGAGAUCUCAGAGAAUGACUUGCUUCAGCUAUUUCAGCCGUUUGGAGUCAUUACCAAACUUGUAAUGCUUAGGGCAAAAAAUCAGGCCCUCUUGCAAAUGCAAGAUGUUCCUUCUGCUGUAAAUGCAAUGCAGUUCUAUUCAAAUGUUCAGCCCAGCAUAAGGGGGAGAAAUGUUUAUGUACAAUUUUCAUCUCAUCAAGAACUGACAACCAUGGAUCAGAAUACCCAAGGGCGAGGUGAUGAGCCUAAUCGAAUUCUCUUAGUUUCAAUACAUCAUGUGCUAUAUCCUAUGACUGUGGAUGUGCUGCAUCAAGUUUUUUCACCUCACGGAAUUGUUGAGAAGAUCGUGACAUUUCAGAAGUCGGCUGGUUUUCAAGCUUUAAUUCAGUACCAAUUACUCCAGAAUGCUGUUUCUGCUAGGAACUCUCUCCAGGGGCGUAAUAUAUAUGAUGGCUGCUGUCAACUUGACAUACAAUUCUCAAACCUAGAUGAAUUGCAAGUGAGCUACAAUAAUGAACGCUCGAGGGACUUCACCAACCCAAAUCUACCAGCAGAGCAGAAGGGCAAAUCGCCUCAGCAGGGAUAUGGAGAUGCAGGAGGCAUGUACUCCUUGCAAGUUUCUGGGCCUCGUGGAGUUGGAUUUCCUCAGAUGGGAAAUGCUGCAGCCAUUGCAGCUGCCUUUCCUGGCGGUUUGCCCCCUGGCAUAAGCGGGACAAAUGAUAGGUGUACUGUUCUUGUAUCUAAUUUAAAUCCAGAUAGAAUAGAUGAGGACAAGCUUUUUAAUCUGUUCUCCAUUUAUGGAAACAUUGUCAGAGUUAAGCUCCUGCGGAAUAAACCAGAUCAUGCUCUGGUUCAGAUGGGUGAUGGCUUCCAGGCAGAGCUGGCUGUGCACUUUUUGAAGGGUGCCAUGUUAUUUGGCCAGCGUUUGGAGGUCAACUAUUCGAAGCACCCAAAUAUUACUACCGGACCAGACACACAUGAUUACUCGAACUCAAAUCUCAAUCGUUUCAACCGGAAUGCUGCCAAAAACUACCGGUAUUGUUGCUCCCCCACCAAGAUGAUCCAUCUGUCAACCUUGCCUCAGGAUGUGACGGAAGAAGAGAUAAUGGAACAUUUGGAGGAGCAUGGUCCCAUUGUGAACACUAAGCUUUUUGAAAUGAAUGGGAAGAAGCAGGCUCUUGUUCUUUUUCAAAAUGAGGAGCAGGCAACUGAGGCACUGGUGUGUAAACAUGUUACUUCCCUUGGCGGUUCGACCAUUCGGAUUUCGUUUUCUCAGUUGCAUAGCAUCUGAGUUAAAAGAACACUGUGGUACAGUAUACUGAAAAUAUACAUUUGAACAGUGUCUUUUGCUUUUGUUGUGACUUCAGUUUCUUCCUUAACUUGAGCUCAAGGUAUAUAGGGAGAUUGAAGUGUGUUGUACUUUAAUAUGGUAGUCAAACUUCUUCAAUAGAGAUAAUGUUUUCAUCA